AUGAAAAUUCUCGCACUAUUCCUUGCUCUCACUGCAAUAGCCUUUGCUUCCGCUACAUCGACUCGGCUGCAAAGUAGAUCUAACUUUACGUCUCUUGAAACAAGGAACCUUGGAAGCGGCAAACUUGCCUUUUUGACAGACGCUAUUAGUAACGGUUGUGCCGAUCCAGGCUAUGAUCCAUGUCCAGAUGGCAGUGGCUGUUGCCCUACAGGCUCGACAUGCUUAAUCGACAAAUGCGACAUUCCCUGCACGAUUCAAGAUAUACCUUGCGGGGAUGGUUGCUGUUUUUCUUAUCAAACUUGCCUAUCUGACUUUACAUGCAGUGGCUCUGGUGGCGGCUCUGGUAGUGGUGGCUCUGGUAGUGGUGGCUCUGGUGGCGGCUCUGGUGGCGGCUCUGGUAGUGGUGGCUCUGGUAGUGGCUCUGGUGGCGGCUCUGGUAGUGGCUCUUCUAGUGGUGGUGGCUCUAGUGGCGGCUCUGGUAGUGGUGGCUCUGGUAGUGGCUCUGGUAGUGGCUCUGGUGGCGGCUCUGGUAGUGGCUCUUCUAGUGGUGGUGGCUCUGGUGGCGGCUCUAGUGGUGGAGGCUCUAGUGGCGGCUCUAGUGGCGGCUCUAGUGGUGGCUUUAGUGGUGGAGGCUCUAGUGGUGGAGGUUCUGGUGGCAGUGGUUCUGGUAGUGGAGGUUCUGGUGGCGGUGGUUCUGGUGGCGGUGGCAACAACAAUAUAACAAGCGUCGCUUCUAAAACGCAGAUGCAAUUAUCUACCAAGCUUCUGACAAUGACAAUUGUUGUCCUAAUUUAUGUGUUCAGUUAUAUGUAG